GUGGGCGCAGUAGCAGGAGCUGCUGCGCAGUCUUGGUCCGGCGUGAGAUCCCCUGGGCUUUCUAGCAGAAGCCGGUCACCCUGCUCUGCCAGGAUCGAGGAUGGAGAGGCGGGUGUUCGAGAGGUCCUUCUGUCAUCUGUCUACCUACAGACUGAUUUGGUUCUUGGCCGCAGUGAUGCUAUGCAGGGCACAAGUGGUAACCCGAGAUGAAAAACAGCUGCUGAACACACCUGCUUCCUUACGAUGUUUUCUGGAAACUUCCCAGGAAGUCUUGAUUGUGACAUGGCAGAAAAUCAAGGCUGCGAGCCCAGACAACAUGGUCACGUUCAGCAAGGAACAUGGGGUUGUGGUCCAGCCGGCCUACAAGGAUAAGAUGAACAUAACUGAGCUGGGACUUCAGAACUCAACCAUUACCUUCUGGAAUACCACUCUGGACGAUGAGGGGUGUUACAAGUGCCUCUUCAAUACCUUCGGUUCUGGGAAGAUUUCAGGAAUAGCCUGCUUAACCCUUUUUGUACAGCCCACAGUAUUCCUUCACUAUAAAUUAUUUGAAGACCACCUAAAUAUCACUUGCUCUGCCAAUGCCCGCCCAGCCCCUGUGAUCUCCUGGAAAGUCUCUGGGUCAGGAAUGGACAACAGUACUGAGAUUACCAUACAUCCUAAUGGGACCACGUCUGUCACCAGUGUCCUCCACGUCAAAGACCCUAAGAGUCAGGUGGGGAAGGAGGUGAUCUGCCAGGUGCUGCACCUGGGGACUGUGUCCAAUUUCAGGCAAACUGUGAACAAAGGCUUUUGGUUUUCAGUCCCACUGCUCUUAAGUAUUGUUUCCCUGGUAAUUCUUCUGAUCUUAAUCUCAAUCUUACUAUACUGGAAACGUCACCGAACCCAAGACAGAGUAAAGCUGCAUUCCGAAGGAAGGUGUGAUGAGUUAGAGGCUAUUUCUCUUUGCGCCAUUCCUGAUGGGAUCAGUGCAGUUACUUCCCAUGAGACUGCGACAAUAAGAUAAUAGAGCCCUAGAAGAGUCACAGAACCCUGAAAAUUAUUCUCUGGUCUACUUGAAUCUAAUGCAGGAGGAAAGCAGGAGAAAAAGGGUCAUUCUCCAGGGACCUAUGAGAACAAAAGAGGUGGAAGUAAAAGGCCUAAGAAUUUCAAGACUCUCUACUGCCAUCUAAGCUACCCAGUGCUUGUGUGAGUUCCAAGAGGAAGUCAUUUUACCUCUCAGGUCUCUUGUAGGAAUUGAAUUUGUAAAGCAAUGCAGUGUUGUGCUGUUGAAUGGAUACUGGUCUUAGCAUUGGGAGCCACAGUUUGAGACUGACUUUGGCUGGGACUAGUGGCAACUCUAUGUUAAUCGCUAUUCAGUGAACUUCUACGACAGCAUCCCGAAAAGUAAGGAGUUGGACCAGAUAAUUUGCUAUUCUGCUCUAAAAACUGAUGUAAUUCCAGGAAAAGGGGAAUGAACAAAGGGAAUGAACAUGAAAAAAAGAGAGUAAAACAGAAGUUGGAAAGGUUAAGGACCAAAGAACUUUUCUGAGAUUACCUUUUGCUUUACUGUGGCUAUUCCAUCUCUUCUUCCCUUGUUCUUAGGUCCAUGAGUCUGUUCCCUCACUUGGUAUCUAGUCCACUACCUGCUUACCGCUUUGCUAAUAGCUGGUCUCUCUAGAACCCUUGGUUUCACUGCUAGUCUUCAUGUGUUUCUGUGACAUUUAUCACAAUGAGAACGGGACUGAGUUUAUUGUGAAACAACAUGGCCAACUUAACUUAUUUACCUAUUUUUAUAGCAGAAUAAACAUUGUUAGUCUUAGCUGCUCACAUUUUUUAAAAAGCAUGCAUUCCUUAUCCAUUUGUCUCAUAAUAGGACCCAACCGUAUUUUAUUUAUUCUGAAUUCAGACUAGUAUAAAGAAAAUAUAUUAUGAAACCAGGCAGUUAGGAGGUUUCCUAAGUAGCAGUCGGCCAGUUCAAAUACUUUGUCUCUCCUGCCUUCUUUUUCCAUGAGUUUACUUUUCACAGUAGCAGAGAAAGCAUGUGUGAGCAUACAGUUCCCUUUGUUCUAAAUAUAUUGUUUUAACUAGUGGAACAAUUUUUGAACUCUUUACUAGUCAUAGACCAAAUUAGUGACUUUUUCAGUAUCUUUUGCUUUCUUGUCUCUAUCCAGUGGUCUAGAAUCUAAAAUGUAGGUAUUCUCUGUUGAAGUGGAUAUUUAUAUAUUUAGUAAA